CUGGCUGAGCUUGUUUAUAGCAGCCUAGCCUUUCUGGCUGAGGACAUUCCCCACAUAUCUGAGCUCCACUGGCUGGUGACCAGGACAAGUUAGAGGGCUGUUCCUCUGCCCCUCUUGUCCACGGGCAGGUUGAAGAGAGAGCGAGCGAGCGUGCGAGAGCGCGAGGAAAAAGGUACGCGGAGGGUAGAGGGUGUUGGGAGGUGCGCGGUGUGAAAGAGCGACUUGAGCUGGAUUGAACUUAACGCCCGACAGAUUUCGCAGAAGGACUGAGUUGAGUGAUCGACUUGGGUCAUUACUAUUUGAGCUCCUGCAGGGAAUGGACUGAUUUGGACAGACUGCAGCAUCAGGCGGUUGAUUCCUACACUUCGCUGUUCACCCAAAGCUCUACAGCUGCAGUAUGAUUGUGAUGAACGACAAGGUUCCACAAACACAGAACGUAGAGGCCUCACUGAUACAGAUGACGGUGUUGGGAGACACUGGGUGGCCUCUGUGUGAUGCUGAGACCACCUACACAGGACCAGCCAAGGUAUCAUCAACAAGGACAUCUCCGGCAGAAAGCUCGGACUACACCUUUAGGCACCUCACAGAGGUACAGGAAUCCACCAACGCUCAGCCGGGAUUUGCAAGGUUCGGCAAAGAGCCUUGCGGAGAGGCUGCUAAUGGGAGAGGGCAACCCUACGGUGAGGCGGCAGCGGAAGAGAGUACAGAAGGUGCAGGAAAGGAACGAGGAGAUAAAAUCUCAGAGGGACCGGGCACCAGGAGCUAUAAGCGGAAGUUGGAAUGUGGGGAAGCAAAUCAUCUGGAUUUGCCCAAACAGUCCAAGACAGCCAAGAGUUCCGAGCGAGUCUAUCCCGGGAAUGUCCCGGUGCGAGCCGGGGAGAUCAGGUUGGUCCCAAACCUUGGGUCGAACGACCAUGAGGGAAGAGAGGAGAAAGUAGAGGCGACGAGCGACACAAACAGCCCGCCCUCUGGGACGCCAGAGCAGGCCCCGGGGGCGAUUUCGACCCCCGAAUUCCGAGCGAGACGUCACAACGAUCCGGGCAGGAAUCUGGGCGAUUCGGGAGUUUGUCUGGCGCGGGCCAGAUACGCCUAUCCGCUUUCUCGGGGGCAGGAGAUCAGUGCCAUCCACCACACCAGUCAUGGGAUUGGCAAGGAAACUCACCCGCCGUAUGUCGGGCAAGACGGUCACAACAGGGACAUGUCCGACCACUCUGUACGGUCGUCGUUUGCAAGUCAGUGCACCCACACGUCAAGGUACCAGUCGGAAGGAACGUUGGGGGCAUUAAAUGAAAGCAGCGGCACCCACCAGCGCCCGGCAAACUUGCUCGACAAUCAUUGGGCAACUUUGAACUCGGACUUCAAACCAGACCCACAGAGCUUCAGACAGGACCUCGAACGGAAAGCCUGGCAAAGCAAUUCUUGCCCGAGACCACCUCGCCAAUCCUCGCUCACACCCACGCCCACCGCCCCCACCACCACCACCAAUGCCGAAACAUCCACAAAAUCAAGCAAGACAGAGGCGUUGGCAUCCUAUAAUGGAUCGGAGGCGAAGGCCGGCUACCAUCAGCUCUACCACCUGCCUUCUCCCUCCGCCGCCCAUCGUGGCAGCCCAGGAAUCUCGCUUGCCGUUGACCCGGGCACUUACCCGCCCCUGAACGUCCAUCUGCCACAUUUCUUCAACGCCGGCGCCAAGUUGGGCCGCGGGCACCACCCCUCGCUGUUGGCCAUGGCGCCACAUUUGGACUCUGCCUACGGCACCAACUUUGCCCUUCUGGCCUCGAACUACAACUUCUACCACCCAAAGCACUUACAACAAGCCCCCGCUCAGGUCCAGCUAAGCGCUGCCUACGGGCACCUGAACCUCUACCCCGUUAUGUGGCAGAGUGUGGAUAGAGUGGACAUGCACUCGGCCCAGCCCGUGUUGGCCGCCUGCUCGCACUCGCAUCCGAGCUACGUGAACGGAGAGGCCGCUUUGAAAAUGGGUAUCCACAAUCCAUGGGCGUACCACCAUCACAUUAGUCUGGACAACCAACAGCGAAUGAGCCAAUUUUCCAGUAAGAAGGAAUUUCUCGCAGCUACGGACACAGCGGCUCAUUCCCCACAUCUUUACAAAGAGGAGGUGAGUAGAAAGCUGUAUGCGGAUUCGCUGUGUCCGUACCCCCACGCCGUCAGGAACAACCUCACCGCCGCGGACGUACAGCCGUUGCCGGAGACUGGCGGGGGCGUGGGGUACGGCGAGCCAGGCUUCGGGGCGAGGCUGUGCCCGUCGAGCCGGUCGGCGAGCAAGCAGCCGGGCAGGUCUACUGCGUUGCCGCAAAGGAGAGAGGCCGGCUUCUCUUCAUCAGUCGCUCAGCGCGAGGCAAAGCCCCCCGCGGCUCGAUCCCCGAGCAAGACGGAAGCCGCCGCAGAAGAUCCUAGCUCCGGCUUCGCCGAGCGGGAACGCUUGGCCGAGGGGGAGCUGAGAAGUGCCCGGACGGCGUAUCACCAGGCUCCGGCGAGCCCCGCUCUCGUCCGCAAGCUUUACCGGCCACCGGGAGGUGCUGCGGAGGGACUGGGCUUCCCAGGCCCGGUGCCCGCUUUCUCUCCUCCCCUCCAGGGCAUCGCCAGGGGUCCGAGCCACCGCCUGGCACCGGCCCGCCCCCCGCAGGAGAGCGGCUGCGGCACGCCGGCUCUCCCCGACCGUUCGUUGCCGGAGCUGGCCGAGCAGAAGGAGCGGAUGGCGGAUGGCGGUGGCGUCGAGCACCGGGACAGAGCGGGAGGCCUGGCAGGCGACUGGGAAACCGGAUCAGUUGUCGCCCCAGCAAAGCCGGCCUUCGCUGACGGUUACUACAUGCCCAAGAAGCACAAGGCGGCUCGAGCCGUGACUCAGUGCCCGCCGGAGGGGCAGUGGGCGGCUGAAGAAGGCGUGGCUCACCAGGCACUCGGAGCAGGGAGGGGCUUGCCUGGGCCUUGA